AAUAAAUGACCAAAAUCAAAAGCAAACUCAUAGGUCUUACCAGUCGAUCACUGCAGGAGAAAUCCUUCUUCUUCUUCCCUGGAGCCCAGUUCUCUGGUCUACCUGCCGCAUCUGUGCACAGAGAGCAACAAUCCUUUUCACCAUGUCCAACAAGCCCAUCCAAAACCAACAUGAAGGGGCCUACAUGUCCCUGAUGCGUGGCUUGAGAGAACUGGACCUACGGGGCUCCUGUGUUCCCAGUGACCUGGUUCUGAUUGGAGAUCAUGCCUUUCCUUUAGCAAUGAACAGCAAAGGCCAGGUCCUGAUGGCUGCCUCUCUGUAUGGCCGUGGAAGGAUUGUUGUCCUGGGUCAUGAAGGCUACCUGACUGCCUUUCCUGCUCUGGUAGAGAACGCUCUGACCUGGCUGAGAGGGGAUGGGUCUGACAACUUGUCUGUGGGGGUCCACAAAAACAUGAAGGCAGUGGCUGAUAACCUCAGCAGAUCCAUCUUCCAAGCCAAAGUUGUGGGUGCCUUUAGUAAUGAUCUGGAGGUUGGUGUGUAUGUGACUGAUGCCUACAGCGUGGGUGCAGACCCAAAGGACCUGGUGGCAUUUCUGAAAGCUGGAGGAGGAGUGCUGAUAGCCGGGCAGGCAUGGAACUGGGCUGCAAACCACCCUAAGGAGAACACACUGCUUCAGUUUGAAGGGAACAAGGUUUCUGGUGUGGCAGGGGUCUACUUUUCUGGGCAUCAUGGUGAGACAGAGUGCCUGCCUGUCUACCCACAGAUCCCAUCCUCCUGGAUGGCUGUAGUACUCGGUAAGGAUUUUGAGGAUGACCUGGAGUUCUUACUCCAGGGGGUUUCAGAGUUUGAUAUCCAGGGUGGAGCAUUAGCCUCUGAGAUUCUGGUCCACGGCCCACUAACCUUUCCAAUUGGGACCACAGACAAUGGACAGACGUUCAUGGCAGGAGCCUACUAUGGGCAGGGACGGGUCAUUGUGGUUUCACAUGAAGGAUAUCUGGGACGAAAGGAACUGGCUCCAUUUUGGAUCAAUGCCAUUCGUUGGCUGGAUGAAGGACGGCAGGGGGUCGUUGGUGUAGUGCCAAAUCAUGCACUCCAAGUUCUCAGCAAGUCAGGGUUAAAGUGUGAGAAGACAAACUUCAGGAAAGACCUGAGUGUAUUUGUGUGUAAAGCGAACAUUGAUGAUCAUGUGGAGGAAAUCCAACACUUUGUAGCAGAGGGAGGAGGCCUGCUGGUUGGUGGACAUGCCUGGUACUGGGCACAGACACACCCAGGGCAAAACCCAUUGACAGAUUUUGCAGGGAACAAGGUCUUGAACAAAAUGGGCUUGAGUCUGUUGGGGGCAACAGUUAAAGGAGGUUUAUACAAGGCCCCGGUGCCCAGCCAGGCCAUCAAAGACACCUACCACUUCCGCCACCUGCUACACCGCUUUGCUGGUCAUGUAACCCAGGGGACAGAACUUAGCAAACAUGAGGAGGAAUGCCUUCAAAAACUGGGCAAGGACUGUUCCACCUUCUUGCACAUGAAGGCUCACGACUGCUCCUCCUAUACACAAGUGGUGUCCACUCUCACCGACAUCUUAAAGAAGACGGGCAUGCCACAGGUGUGUGACAGCUGCCCUGUAAAAAGCCCCAAAGACCACCUACUCCUAAGUGUGGGGGCAGAGGUUUACAAGGUUUGCCCAAAUCCUGAUGCUCUCCUGCCCUACCUCAUCAAGCAUAACCCCAUGAUGCCAGUUGUCUACAACCAGAGAAUCCAGAUUAAUGCGAACACUGCAGGAGGGGAGGAGUGGAUCAGUACAGGUGUCUACCUCACUCCUGGUAUGAAGACCUACAUGGCCAUACCAGCAGAGCUUGUCAACAAGGGAUGGAAGAUCCAGAUAGGCUGUCAAACAGACAGACUGAAUGCUGCAGAGUUGAAGAGAGCACCAUGUGUUCACGAGCGAUUCCCUGUUACCACAGAGAUGGUGCAGGUGUGGAACCUGUGGGGGGGACUCAUCUACCUGGUAGCCCCACCCAAAACACAAGUGGACGGUGUAGAGGUCAUAGUGCAGAUGGCUGUACCUGCACCAUAUUAUAAAUCAGGUGUGACAACAGCCACUGAGUGGUCGUUGUUGCGCACAGCUCCUUCACCCUGGGCAGAGUUGGAGUUUGACAACGUCAUCUUCACUGUACCAUCAGAUGUUGUUCGCGACCUGGAGCGCCCUGAUGAGUUGGCGACGCUCUGGAAGGACAUCAUGAGGGGCAUCGCUGACCUGGCUGUCAUACCACACAGAUUUCCCCGCAAGGAGCGCUUUGUAGCAGAUGUACAGAUUUCCCAUGGUUGGAUGCAUGCAGGUUAUCCCAUCAUGACACAAAAGUCUGCAGCAUCUCAGCUGGUCAACGUUGAACUUGCUAGGAGUAAAGGCCUCUGGGGCUUUAUUCAUGAACUGGGACACAACCAACAGAGAAGCUGCUGGGAGUUCCCAUCACACACCACAGAGUGUACAUGCAACCUGUGGUCAGUGUAUGUGCAUGAAGAAGUGCUGGGGAUCAACAGGGAAAAGGCUCAUCCAGCUAUGGCUUUGGCAAAGAGAAACAGUCGAGCAGAGGAGUAUGCUAAGGGGGGCAAGAAACUCAGCAGCUGGAACACAUGGGUGGCCCUGGAGACAUAUAUGCAGCUCCAAGAAAAGUUUGGCUGGGAUGCCAUUAAGAAGGUGUUCGCUGCCUACCACAAGAUGAGCAACUUUCCAAAGGACAACAAAGGAAAGAUGAACCUGUACGCUGAGACUUUCUCCCAGACUGUGGGAAUGAACCUGGCUGGAUUCUUUAAGUCCUGGGGUUGGCCCAUCGAAACAGCCACUGAAGAGAAACUCUCCAACCUGCCCCCCUGGAGUGACCACCCUAUGGUCCAAUAUGGCUGAACUUCAGACUUCUGCUGAUUUAAAGUGUAGAGAGAUGGGUUCAGAUUCUUGACAUAAACUAUCUAGUGGGGAAUUAAAUUAACUGGCUUUCUUUUCUUUUUUGUUGUUCUUGAAUUGUACCAUAUUUAUUGCUAUAUUUUUAAAAAGAAACUGGAGUUACAUAGUGGACCAGAUAAAUACAGCUUUUAAAAUUCAUUAUCUUCAUAAAAAAUAAAAAAUAAAUAAAAAAAAAAGAUCUUAGAGGGGGAAAUACAGUUAAAUCCUUAAACGCCAAAUACCAAAAACCGAGAAGUUAUUGAAGUAACACUAGUGCUGUAACCUCAGGUUGAUAAAACACUAAUACUACUACUACUACUACUUUUUGUCAUAUUUAUUUCAUUAUUUUAAAAAGGAAACGGGAGUUACAUAGUUGACCAGAUAUCUACAUCUUAUAUUAUACAUCACAUAAGCUACUUAAAAAAAACUGUGGUAGUUGUUGAAUACUUUUGUACUGCAAAGCACUUACUGUGCUCCAAACCGGAAGAGUGGGUUUUUCAAGGUAAUUUGUUUGUAUUGUUGGAAGGUUGGUCUUCUUGUUUUGUUUUUGUUGAAUAUCUACCAACACGUCUGUAAUUUCAUCACAUGAUAUUUGGCUUUACUGUCAAUAGAAAAGUCACUAAUAAACAUUUACUUCACCUCUG